UGUUCUUUAUCAGUCUCAUGUUGRCUAUCCCAGCCCUCCCACCCCACAAUUUCCACCGCUCUCCUCCCCGGCACAUCUCACUUCUCUCCACUGAAUCCUUCCCACUGCAGGGAGCUGCUGAGGAGCUGCAGGGUCCAUCCUGGGAUUCUCCAAGCACUGACUGCCCAUCCACUGUGACCACAGCCAGGGGCCACAUCCCACUGCCUGCCCAGUGUCCAUCCAUGAACGUGAGCACUGUGGCCACACCUCCCACCUCACCCACUGAAGGAGAUGAUCUGUGUGAGACAGAUUUCACUGACGUGGCCAUACACGGUGUGACACUGCUCAUCAGCCUCUGUGGAGUGGCUGGGAAUGGGUCUGUGCUCUGCCUCCUCAGAUGGAAAAGCACUAACUUCAAAAUCCUCUGCCUGGCUAACAUUGACUUGGUCUUCCUUCUCUUCAUGUUCCCCUCUGCCCUGCUCUUCCUGCUGGAGGACCUGUCCUGCUCUCUAAUCAUGUCCCCACUGUACCUGAGAAUCCUUAUCUUUCUGUCCAGGUACUCAUACUGCCUUGGGCUACUCGGGCUGAAAUGUGCCAGCUUUCUGACAGCCAUUGACAAGCUCUCUGAGCUCCUCUGCCACCGCUGCCUUCACAAGUGUCUGUUGUGCAAGGUGUUCGUUGCCUUCCUGAUUUUCGACAUUCUCGUCUCUGUCUUUCCCGUGACCACAUUGCUGUGCCCAUCACACGAGCAGCAGCAGUGCCGGGCAGCUMUCAUCUCCAUUUUCAUUGUCAUCCUCCUCCUUGCUGCACUUGAGGUCAUUUCCACCACAAUCAACUUCAUUAAGGCCAAGCGUGGCUCCCAACAGCAGCAGGUCCAAAAGCGUGACAUCAUUAUGUGCCUCUUCGUUCUCCUCAGUCUCYUCUUCACCCUUUGGGAUUUCCUGCAACAGCUCGGUUACAUCCCUGUGUCCUCCCAGGUUUUUCUCCUUCUCACCUGCAUCAACAGCAGCAUCAAACCUUUCAUCUGCUUCUUGAUGGGGAGCUGCGAGAGGCCCUGCUCCUUCGGGUCCCUCAAGGAAUCCCUCAAGAGGGUCUGUGAGGAGCCAGGAGAAAACACUGCCAGCAGAAAUGAUGGCACCAUGGACACUGUGCUCUGAGCCUUUUGAAUAAACAACAUCCAAGCUUUGCUGCAGAGCUUGCCCCUGAUGAACAGCGUCCAGAAUGGUUCAUUCCUUUAUUUUUUCACAUUYUAAAUCCUCUGACCRC